AUGCCCCCACAAAGCAGCGAGACAUGGGGCAUUCUUCUUGCUUCAUCUUCUCAUGCCAUUGCUUUUCAUGCAUUCAGAUGGUUCUUAGUCUUGAUGAUACUUCUCUUUCUUCCAGUGCUUGGUAUAGUCUCCAUUGUUCCCAUGCUUACUCAUCAGCUUUCAGUGAAGUACCUGCAACUUAUGGGUUCACUAGUGGGUGCAUUGGUGCUUUCCUAUUUCUAUCUUGUUGCCACUCUUUUUAUCUAUGGCACUAGACAAAAUUCUGAGUCAGAUCAGGAAAUGCAAGGUUUGGACUCUGCGAAUGGGCCUGAGACUAAGACGGUCUUUGUUAUGGGAGCAUCCACUCGUACAAUCUCUGUUUCCUCACCUGAGGCAUGUGCCUUGGAUAAGAACAGGAGGUUGAAGGAUGCUUCUGAGAUAGAUUGGUAUGAAGAUGGUGAUGAUGCAACUCCCAUGGUAGCAGCAGGACCUUCAACUGAGAGGAGUGGUCGUGGUCAACGAAAGAAGAAUACCAAGAGGCUCAAGGCAUCAAUCACUAAGGGUAAGAAGAAGGCUGUCAAAGAUGGUGCUGGUAGUGGGGAGGAGUCUGGCAGUGACUAUGCAGAUACGUCGGGAUUGGAGGAGUCUGAUUUGGAGUCUGAGGUUGAGAUACCAAAUGAUGAGCUUGCUGAUUCACUUUCAUCAAAAACUCUUCCCCAAGGCUCAUCACAUACCAAAAAGCCACCGCAAAAGAAGCGCAAGAGUACGAAUACCCCAGUGACCCAUGGAGACCACGACAAGAUGACUAAUCCAGUUAUCGGCAAGGACACUGAACCUCAAGCAUCACCAACAGAUAAUUCACACAAAACAAACCUGAUCUAUCAUUUCUAUGAAAUAUGGCCUACUAAUGCCCAUGGCGAACCCGGACUCAUCACACACCUGAAACGCCAUGCACCUGCCAUGUACCAGCUCUAUGAGAUCAUGAAGAGUUGCUCCGACCCUCCAACUGAAGAGGAGAUUCAAAUCGCAUCUGCACAGAAGGUACUGGACCCUAAGGCAGCUGCACGCUAUCUUGAGAAGCUGUCCAAGGCAUCUGGAGACCUUGAUGCAGCAUUCACAUGCGAGGCAGUACAAGCUGCAGGUGCCUGGGACCAAAAGAAAUUUGAGACACUCUUGAUUGAGUGGAUCAUUGCAUGUGAUCAACCGUUUGAGGAGGUCAAAUGUCCGGAGUUUCGUAGACUUUUAGAAUAUACUCAUCAUCCUUCUCUGUCACUUCACAUACCAUCAGCAGAUACCAUUCAAUGGAAGAUCAUGAAAAUGAGAGAUGAGCUUACAAAGAGUUUGCGAGUUUUCUUCAAGCUUCUAGAGGGCAUUGGUGCAAUUUCCAAGGGAGAUGGACAAAAGGCCAAAGAAAGCCGGAUGGCAUCCUACCAAGACUCCAUUUCUGCACCACUAAAUGCUGCUCAUGAUGAAGAAGCAGCCUUGUUUGACGAGGUUGAAUCGGAUUCAGAUGAGGUCGAUGAGUUGGAUUCCUGGAACAGGCUGUCUGGGAUCCAAACUGUUGUGUCAAAGAUCCUAGGUCGUGCAUUCAAAUAUCAUAAUACAGUCGAUCAAUUUGUUGCUAUCAACAAAGAUUUGCAUGCUCUCGAGCUUUCAAAUGAAGAUUGGGAGGCUAUCUCUAUGGAUGACAUCAAGAAAAUCAUUGCUACUCUCCCUAUGUCAACACCUCCGGAACUGAAGCAAGGCUUGCUGGAUGCUCAUCGCAAACUCAGCAACUAUUAUUAUAAGUAUGAUGAAUCUCCCUUCUACACGUGGGCUGCUUUAUUGGAUCCUAGGAUCUUGUAUACGAAGGGUCUCAAGCGGGACUACAAAAAUGACCUCGACCUUGAUACCUUGACACUCCUCUGUCAUCCCCCGGACCAUCAAGAUCAAGGCAAGUUGAAGAUGAGCUUGAACACGAUUUCUCACUCCCAAAAGAGAAUUUUCGGACCACAAAUCCCAUCAAUUGGUGGUAUAUUCGUUGCCAUGAUUUCCCUCGACUUUCAUGCCUUGCUCAUGAUCUAUUGUCAAUUCCUGCAUAGGCUUUGCCUUGUGCAAAAUGCUGUUGAAGAGCUCCUAGCUAAUGAUGAGGAGGAGGAAAACUUUGCGCCGUAG